ACUGUUUGUAAAGUUACUGUUUAAAGCCACUGCUACUUGUGUGUUGAUGCUGAAAUGUUUUCUAUGUACGUUACAAGAUGAUGAAUAUUACUAAGAGAAUUCACAGGAAAUGCAGGAUUUUCCAACAUACGGAAAUGAAUUAAUGCCACUGAAAAAAUAGCCCCAAACUCACCUUUUUACUGAAGGAGAAAGAUAGGAUUAAUCCUUAAAAUCCUUACAUGGGCUUUUUGCUAAACCAAUGGGGGAAAGACGGGAAACCUCAACUUUGGAUGCGUGUUUAAUAGGUAAAUUUAUCUGAUUUGAAUUAUACAAAAUAAUAGGUUAGUUCUAUUCAAGUCUCAUCCGAGACCCACCCCCCUUUUCCAGCCCUAGGGGAGGGAGCGUUAAAUAAUGGUCUUUGUAAACUGAUGCCCAUGCAGUAAGAGUUUGAAGAAGUGCUGCUUGUACAAGUUAACGCGGGCAGCGAAGAAGGAGCAACCAAAUAAAAAGCAGCAGGAGCAAAGUGGACCUUGCUGAAAUUGAGACAUGUCUUUCUUCACGAGAGUUCUGGCCAUGAAAUGCAAGCAGACGCUUGAAUCCGAGGGAACUUCCUUCUACCACGCGCUUUUUGCCAGCAGGUUUCACCAGCUGCCCAAACUUUCCAGCAGCCAGUCCCUGGAGGUGCAGAAUAACUCCCCAGCGGCGGCAGAGAACAAAGACGGGGCGACGGUGGGGGGCUCGGGGCGCGCAGGGGAGCUGCUGGAGCCCGCCCCGCGCCGGCUUGGCAGGGUGAAGAGCCUGCACGAAAUGCCCGGACCCAACACCCUCUACAAUCUGUACGAGUUCUUCUGGAAGGACGGCUUCGGCCGCAUCCAUGAAAUCCAGCAAAAACACACUCAGGAGUAUGGAAAGAUCUUCAAGUCUCACUUUGGUCCCCAGUUUGUUGUAUCCAUUGCAGAUCGAGAUAUGGUUGCUCAAGUCCUCCGAGCAGAAGGUAGAGCACCACAAAGAGCUAACAUGGAAUCCUGGCAGGAGUACAGAGACUUGCGAGGGAGAGCCACUGGACUUAUUUCUGCGGAGGGGGAACAAUGGCUAAAAAUGCGGAGUGUACUGAGGCAGAAAAUUCUGAAACCCAAAGAUGUGGCUGUUUACUCUGAGGGAGUCAAUGAAGUAAUCACAGACUUAAUUAAAAGAAUCCACACCCUCAGAAGUCAAGAGGAUGAUGGGCAAACAGUGACCAAUGUUAACAACCUUUUCUUCAAGUAUUCAAUGGAAGGUGUGGCAACUAUUCUGUAUGAAUGCCGGUUGGGCUGCCUGGAAAACCACGUCCCGCAGCAGACUGUUGAAUAUAUUGAGGCUCUGGAGUUGAUGUUUAGUAUGUUCAAGACCACUAUGUAUGCAGGUGCUAUUCCCAAAUGGCUUCGUCCACUUAUUCCAAAACCCUGGAGAGAGUUCUGCAGAUCCUGGGAUGGACUCUUCAAAUUUAGUCAGAUCCAUGUUGACAACAAAUUGAAGGCUAUUCAGUCUCAGCUGGAUCGAGGAGAAGAAGUGAAUGGUGGGCUACUUACAUACCUCCUAGUGAGUAAGGAACUUACUUUGGAAGAGAUCUAUGCCAAUAUGACUGAAAUGCUUCUGGCAGGAGUGGACACAACUUCUUUUACUUUGUCCUGGGCAACAUACAUGUUGGCAAAGCACCCAAAGGUUCAACAAUGUGUUUAUGAGGAAAUAGUCAAUAAACUGGGGAAAGACCAAGUUCCUGUCUCCCAUGAUAUCCCAAAAUUGCCUUUGAUUAGAGCUGUGCUGAAAGAAACCUUGAGGUUAUAUCCAGUAUUGCCAGGAAAUGGAAGAGUGACCCAAAAAGACUUGAUUGUUGGAGGAUACUUGAUACCUAAAGGGACGCAGCUGGCACUCUGUCAUUAUGCUACUUCAUACAGUGAAGAAAAUUUCUCAAUGGCAAAUGAGUUCCGACCUGAGCGCUGGCUGAGGAAAGAUAACUUCGACAGGGUAGACAAUUUUGGUUCCAUCCCCUUUGGUUAUGGCAUUCGAAGUUGUAUAGGAAAAAGAGUUGCAGAGUUGGAAAUUCAUCUUGCACUGAUUCAGUUGCUUCAGAAUUUUGAGAUCAAAAUUUCUCCCAAAACUGAACCAGUUCAUGCCAAAACUCAUGGACUUUUGACUCCUGGAAACUCCAUCAAUGUGAGAUUUUCUGACAGAAAGUGAGACUCCAGUGUUUUGGGAAUACUUGUAUGAUUUUUAUGGGGACAGACUUGCAUCUUAUGGAUGUUUAAUUAUGCUUGUUCUGUGGUUUGUAUGUAUUUGGCAAAAUGGUCAAGGAUUAUGUUCUGCCUUAGUACUAGCAGUACAUAAGAGAAAUUACCUCUUCUGUAAUAAUUACACAUAUGAAAACAUACAGUGAAAAAAUUACUUCUUGCACUGGGUAUCUGCCCUUACCUGGAAAGAUUCCUAGUAACAGCAACAUAUGCAUUGAAAAAAACCCAACCAAAAUUCAGUCCUAUCAUUCAGUGCUUUUGUUACACUGCUUUGUCAUGAAAGUCAGCUACUUGGUGAGUCUAUUUGCGAGCAUGUGUUUUAGUAUAUCAUAUGUGAAAAUUGGCUGAGUUUAUGAGUUUGUGUUUCCUUGUUUCUUGUCCUCCCAUUUUUUUUUAGAGGUUUCCACCUAGCAUUGAAAUUCUGAGAUCAUUUCUCUCUUCUCUGUAGAAACAUUUACCCCAUGUGUAUUAAAAAGUUAAUACAGUAAUAUGAAAAGUAAAGAUAGAAAAAAUACAAUUCAUGUCAAUUUCUGGUUAGGCUCAAAAUACACAACAGUUGAAAGUUUAUCUAAACAUAAUCCCCAUGAAUGUUUCUAUAUAAUUAAGAAAAAAAUCUUUAAAAUAAAAGCUUAAGUGUCACAUGGUAGAGUUAUGAAUCCAGACAUUAUUUUCAUCACCAAAGCAUAUGUUAAGUGGAACAGCACAAGCCACUUUCACCAUUCUAGUUAAUAUUAUUCCAAAACUAAAUGUAAAUAAUAAAGUAGUUGCUACAUUUUAAUAAUUUAAUUAAAAUGCUACUAUUAACUAUCUUCACAGUUCUUCAACGGUAAGAACUGGAAACUUCUCAUUGUGUCAUGCUGAACCCAUAGGCAGGUGCACAGUUCCCUUCAGUAGGAUGGAAAUGUGACUACUAAAGUAUUUGGAGAUUUUUUCUUCUUACCAUCUACUGUCUUAAUGUCUUCUUUAUGAAGAGCAAAUACCUGAAAGGUUUUGGUGUUUUGUUUUGGGGUAUUUUUUUAAUUAUUUUAUUUUUCCUAUGACAACUAACAGAAAAGUCUCUCUUGCAUGAUACUUCAGUCUUUAGAUAACUUUAGUGUCACUGCACUAACCUAACUUCAUCAUUUUUGGGAGAAACCUGAUACCUUGGGGCUAUGUUAUGCCUUGAACAUCAUUCAAACCUACAUAACCUAAUAAAUUAACUGUAAUUAUGUAUAGUUAACUGUUUACGCAUCAGGCUGUGACUGCUGUUCUUGAAGUAGUUUACAUACUGAUACCGGUAAACUUCUCAAACAUAUGAAGAGUUAAAGUUAUGGAACUCAGUUUUUAACAUGGCCACAUUUUUCUUUGCUCAUCUACAUGGAAGAAGUCAAAGACAGGUUACAAAUUAAAUAACACAUGGUAUGUUUAACGGAGUACAUGAAAUUCAACUUA